CUGUUUUGGUUGAUCGUAUCACCACCUUGGGCAAUCCUAGCACCUCCACUAAUCCUAAACAUACCAACCACCCUCCCGUUUCAGACUUUCCCCCCAUCUCAUCCAAUUUCCAAAAAUUUGACCCAAAAUACUCUAAAAAUCCGAUAGUGUCCUUUACCCCCAGUGCGCUACCUCCUAAGACUAAGUCCCCUAACAACCAACCCACCACCACAAAUCAUCCUCCACCCCCUAUAGCAAAGCAAUCCAUGGCCACAAGACUAAGAGCUAAACAAGCCGAGCAUACAACCAGAAUUGACCUAACACCUCCAAAAAGGGUGACAAAACAAGGUUGUCCAGCUAUCAUGUUUAAGAGAGAAGACUACAUGGUUAAGAUGGCUGAAUCAUGUAAGUAUACUCUCAUAGGCAAGUUCUACAGUCCAAUGCCCAAGAUGGAGGUAAUUCGAAAGAAGUUCAUUAGUCAAACUGAACUUCGAGGCAAGGUCAAGAUUACCCAUUUUAAUUCUAGACAUAUAUAUAUUGACCUUGAUAAUGAACACGAUAGAACUACUGUACUAGAUAGCAAGCGAAUGUAUAUUGAUGGUGUCUUUAUGAGAUUUCAAGUUUGGACCCCUACUUUCGAUCCAAACUAUGAAACCCCCAUUCUCCCUGUGUGGGUCAUACUCCCGGAGCUCCCAUGGCAUUGUUUCCAUAAAGAAUUUGUUACGCUCCUGCUUGCGGACGUGGGACAAGUGUUGCACUUGGACAUGGCCUUCAUGCAAAAGACGAGGGGGAGCGUGGCAAAAGCAAAAGUCCAAAUGGACAUCACCAAGCCUAGAAUCCAAAGUGUAUGGAUUGGAUUCGAUGAAAAUGAUGAUCCAAAUGGAGAAGGAAGAUGGCAGGACAUCGAAUAUGAAGAUGUCCCCCUUUACUGUACUUACUGCAAACACCAAGGUCAUACUCCUCUUGCUUGCCCCGUCAGCAGAAGAGAUACAGAACGCAACAAGGCCAAAGACAAGGAAGAAGAGCCAAAGAAAGAUGCGUCGCCAAAAAUCACAGGUAUGAUCUCUACUCCUAUUGUCUUAACUAAUGCUAUAAGUUUCAGGCAACAGGUACCACUAGAAGAAACUACCACCACAAAUCAGGAAGGAAGUCGCAAAGCACAAGAGGACUCAACCAACCAAAACAGGAAUCAAAUCUCAAACAACCAAUGGGAAACCCAAAAACGAAGAAACUUCAAAGGUAAGACUCAAACUGUGCAAAACACCCAAACGAUACAAGGCAACACUCAACAGCACGAGCAUCAACCAGGUAUUGACUCAAUGCUCCCAAUCCCCCAUGGCUCCCCCAGUAGUUUUAAUGUAUUGAAUGUUUUAACUGCUGCUGCUGAAGUAGUUAACGGAGGUGAGGAUGGUGGGAUUCAGGAGAAGCCAACUAACCUGCAGGAAGGGGUAUCCAGAGGGGGGGUUGUGUCUCAUGUUUUGCAUGAGAACCUUAUGGUUGACCCUAGGAAUGACUUUAGAGCUCCUGCUACCACUUCACAUAUUCAGCAUUCUUCUUCCCAGCAUGUUAAUAAAAGAGAUUCAGUUGAUGCUCAAAAAAUGGCCUCCAAACUGCCCCCUGCUGUGACCAUUGGAUGUGAGACCACAGUUGAUUCUGGAAGGCUUUCAAGUCCUUCUUUGAGAACUGAGCAGCAGCAGUUCAGGAGUGUAGAUGUAGGGGCAAACCAGAGCCAAAAAAUGACUCAACAGGUUGCUCAGAACCUGCAAGUCUUGGGAGGUUCUGCAACUGUUGGCUUGAGGGAAGCUAUACAUGUCCUGGAUGCUACUUCAGCUGCUACUAUGGAAGAAAAUAGGGUGCACAAUAGGGCCAUUCAGAUGCAGAAACAAAGACCUGCAGAUGCUCCUAUUCCCACCAAGAAAAUGACCAAUACUGCAGCCCCCUAUCAGCCUCAAAACUCCCAGGAAAAUAGGGUGCACAAUAAGGCUACCCAGAUGCAGGGAUCAAGACCUGCAGCUGCAGGUUUGGAGCAAAAUUUGCAUGGUUUUGGCCCUAUUUCAGCUUCUACUCUGAAGGAAAAGAGUGUGCAAGUUGUGGCCCCUAAACUAAUAUCAAUUCAGCACAACAGUCAAGGUGUAGAUCACACUGAAAAUGUUGAAAAUGACCAACAUUAUGGUUGCAGUUUCAGCAUUACUUCAAGUGAUCAAACCUCUAGUCUUAGUUCCCACCAAGUGCAACAUUCUAACUCCAAACAAAAAGACAAUGCAACCAUUAGUGGUAUAGAAUUCUCAGCUAGUCCUAGUCCCUAUAACCAGCAAGCUACCUCUAAAACACUACGGAAAAAGAGAACUAGAAAGAAGAAACAAGAAAAGAAGCAAGAAGCUGCAACCCUUACCCCUCCAACCACUGCUGAUACAGGUGGAAAAGAUAACAAUGGUGAGGUGUUUUCAAACUCUUGCUCACAAUAUGUACUCUUAGAUCAAAGCACACCAAUAAGGAGCCCUGAUUUUAGUUGUGAAGACCCUCUUAAUCUUACCCCUUUGAAUAUUCAGCCAGCUCCUUUUACGCAACCUGAAAAUGCCACCAACAUCCUUUGCACUAACAAUGAUGCUCAAACUUCAACUCCUGAUAGUGAUGAUGAAUAUGGGGUUAUUCAUUCGGAGGAUGAAUAUGACCAAGACUUUCAAGGUGAGGUUGAACUUGAGAAUGAAGAAGAGACUGAUGAACAGUCCAAUAGUAUAGCUGCACCAUCCAAGACCACUACUAAGGUCACGAAUGAUGAGAUGAACCAGCUAGCUAAUAAGCAAGGCCUAUCACCUAGAGGCAUUCAUCACAAUCCAAAAUUUACAACUAUUCAUGCUCCUAUUAGCAGACCAAACACUAGGCUCCACAACCUUAGAUCCCAUCAAUGAUUAACACAAU